AACUUGGAAUAUUCAAUACCACAAACUUGUCUCCAACCUCCUACCCUACACACAACACAAAAACAAUAAAGAAAGAAAAGAUUCUCUUUGCUAGUACACACACUUUUUCGUUUUUUAUAACAUUCAUUUCAAAACUACAUUCACAUUGUUAAUGCUCUCUUUUACUUAUUAUAAGAUUCUCCUUCCUUAGUUUCAAAUUUGAACAUAAAAGAAUACCACACUCCACCACCUUUCUUAUUUAGUCAAAAAAUCAAAUUCCCUUUAUUCUUUAACACAACAAAAUUAGAAAGAUAAAUAACAUAACUCACUUUAUUUUCAAAAUUCAAUAUCUAAGUUUUGCCACCGAAACUUGAACUAAACUUUCACUUUUUCAUUCUUUACUUUUCAAAUUCUCAUUCGCCAGAAACUAACUCGGCCGAAGAAAUGCAGCACUCAAUUGCGGCCGAGUACACCGGAAGUUCAGUUUCCACGGCGGCUUCAGAGCUUCCUUCAUCUGACACUCCGUCAUUACCAUCUCCAGCGAUCACAUUUGACCGGAGUAACUGUUCCGGUAGAAUAACAGUUUCUCCGACGUCAGUGAUCGCAUUCGAUGACGGAGCUGAUGAAAGCAACGGUGUUUCAGAGUCAUCAAGUGAAUUAAGUAGCAGACAUUCACAUGAAUGUUCAAUGUUCAAAAAUUUCAUUGUUGAGAAAGAAAGUUUUGAUUACGAAGACAAUGACUGCGAACCGGUGGAUUCUCCACCGGUUCGCAGAGAAUCCAUUAGGAAGGGGAAGUGUUACCGUUGUUUGAAAGGUAACAGGUUAACAGAGAAAGAAACAUGUCUAGUUUGCGAUGCAAAGUAUUGCGCGAAUUGCGUGCUGAGAGCAAUGGGAUCAAUGCCAGAAGGAAGAAAAUGUGUUGGUUGUAUUGGUUAUUCGAUUGAUGAGUCAAAAAGGGGUAGUUUGGGAAAGUGUUCUAGGAUGCUUAGAAGAUUGCUUAAUAUAUUGGAAGUUAGACAGGUGAUGAAGGCUGAGAGGUUUUGUGAAGUGAAUCAGCUUCCUCCUAAUUAUGUUUGUGUUAAUGGAAAGAGUCUUUCUUUUGAGGAAUUGGUUACAUUACAAAAUUGUUCUAAUCCUCCUAAGAAGUUGAAGCCUGGGAAUUAUUGGUAUGAUAAAGUGUCUGGUUUUUGGGGGAAGGAAGGACAGAAGCCUUGUAGUAUUAUUACUCCUCAUCUGAAUGUUGGAGGACCCAUCACACAGGAUGCUAGCAAUGGAAACACUCAGGUUUUCAUCAAUGGUCGAGAAAUAACCAAAGUAGAGCUUCGGAUGUUGCAGUUGGCAGGAGUUCAGUGUGCUGGUAACCCACAUUUUUGGGUCAAUGAAGAUGGUUCAUACCAAGAAGAGGGACAGAAAAAUACCAGAGGAUAUAUAUGGGGAAAGGCUGGAACGAAGCUUGUAUGCGCCUUCCUUUCCCUGCCAGUUCCUUCUAGAUAUUCAACUUCAUGUGGAUUUCUAUCCUCAAAUGUGGUUACCAGAACAGUUCCUGAUUAUGUCGAGCAUGGAAUAGUUCACAAACUCCUCUUAGUUGGUUAUAGUGGUUCAGGGACAAGCACUAUUUUUAAGCAGGCCAAGAUUCUUUACAAAAGCAUCCCUUUCUCAGAAGAUGAACGUGGAAAUAUAAAGUUGACCAUUCAGACCAAUGUCUAUGCAUAUCUUGGCAUACUCCUUGAGGGCCGUGAGCGCUUUGAAGAAGAAAGUCUCCGGAAUUUAAAGAAAAGUCAAUCUUUACUUCAUACAACAGGAACCAGUCCAAAACUUGGCGACAAGACAAUUUAUUCCAUUGGCACAAGACUAAAAGCAUUUUCUGACUGGCUGCUGAAAACAAUGGUUUCCGGCAAGCUUGAUGCUAUCUUUCCAGCGGCUACUCGUGAAUAUACACCAUUGGUCGAGGAGUUAUGGAAUGAUUCAGCCAUUAAGGCCACCUAUGAAAGAAGAAACGAAAUUGAAAUGCUACCUAGUGUUGCCAGUUAUUUCUUAGAGCGGGCUGUUCAGAUACUGACGACUGACUAUGAACCCUCAGAUUUAGAUAUCCUUUAUGCUGAGGGAGUUACUUCAUCCAAUGGACUCGCUAGUGUAGAGUUUUCAUUUCCUCAAUCAACUCCUGAGGAAACCGGCGACACUGAUUAUCUACAUGAUUCUUUAGCUAGGUAUGAGCUAAUAACAAUACAUGCAAGAGGGCUAGGUGAUAAUUGCAAGUGGCUAGAAAUGUUUGAGGAUGUUGGAUUGGUCAUCUUCUGUGUUUCCUUGAGUGACUAUAAUCAGUUUUCUACCGACGGAAAUGGUUGUGUCACAAACAAGAUGAUAUUGAGCAGGAAACUUUUUGAAACCAUUGUUACUCAUCCAACUUUUGAGAAAAUGGACUUCCUGUUGAUUUUGAACAAAUUAGACGAGUUUGAGCAGAAAAUAGAGCAAGUUCCACUGACUCAGUGUGACUGGUUCUCUGAUUUUCAUCCAGUAAUUAGCCAUAAUCGCCCCGGAAGCAACAAUAACAGCAUUAACAAUAACCCCUCCAUAAGUCAGCUUGCUUCCCAUUACAUAGCCGUUAAGUUUAAGAGGCUUUAUUCAUCUCUUACAGGGCAAAACUUGUAUGUGUCCUUGGUGAAGGGGCUGGAACCUGAUAGUGUUGAUGCAUCGCUUAAAUAUGGAAAGGAGAUUUUGAAGUGGAACGAGGAGAAACCAAACUUUAGCCUAAGUGAUGACUCGAUGCAUAGCAUUGAAGAGAGUUCUUUCUCUAUUGAUUGCUAGUUCAAGCUAGUCUGCUAGUGUUAUAAACAUCUAAGUCGUGUGCGACUUGGAUUCUGUUCAUAUAGAUAUAUGUCAACUAGGAGUAGUGACAUGGAAGCACAUUCUUUCCACCGGCUAUCGAAUUGUAAUAUGCCCUUGACACGGUUUAGUGGCACACCUUGUGCCACAGAGAUCAAAGUGUAGGGUUCAAAUUCAUUUUUAUCACACCGUAAUGUAAUAUAUCUAUGCUUAUAUUUUGCUGUGAGCCAGGCCUUCAGCCUGCAAUCUGCAUUAUGUUGCAAAUAGAAUUUUCUUUAAAUCA